UGUUCAAUAAUCUACAAUGCUUAGUAUGAGUUGGAGCGUCGGUUCAGCCCAUUGAUUGAGGAGAGAGGGGGACAAAAGACACAGAAAAAAUAUUUUUUUAUGAAACAAUUUGUUUAUCUACUUUUGAGUUUUGAGUAAAGAGGCUGGUGAUGGGGCCAUGGCAAAUAUUCACACCUACCUUUUUAUUCUCUCUCUCUCUUACCUUCUUGAAGUAUUUCUUCUCUUUCACUCCUGCUACAUGUACACCACCACUACUUUCUUCUUCAAAUUUUGGAAAUACCCAUUUUCCAGAAGAGGUUCUUUACAAUACCCAUUUGCUGGUUCUUCUCUUUGUUAAUGCUACAUCCAAAUAGAUUUCUUCACUUCUUGAUUCUUUUGGGGAAUGGACUGUUUGGGAUUAUUUUAAGUUAAAAACAGACACUUAACAUCAAGAAUGGGCUCUGGAGAUUGGUUUAAGAAUGUAAUUAGCUUAAAGAAAGUGAAGGUUGGCAGAUCAAGGCUAUUAAAGGGAACUUCAGCAUCUGCAAAGUCAAAUGGUAUCAAAUGGAAAAACCUCUCUGAGGAAGAGUCUACCAAUUUUGCCAAUGGUGCUUCUACUGGAAAUCCUACAGUCCUUACUAAUUUUGCCAAUGAUGGUGCUUCUAAUGGAAAUCCUAGAGUUCUUAGUAUGCCAGUUGAGGACGUAGCUGCGACUCAGAUUCAGACUGCAUUCCGAGCAUAUAUGGCAAGGAAAACUCAUCGUCAUUUGAAAGGGAUGGUAAGAUUGCAAAUCUUGACCCAACGGUAUUCUACUACAAAACAAGCUUCAACCACAUUGAGCUAUCUCCAUUCAUGGAGCAGAAUACAAGCUCAGAUUAGAGCUCGCCGACUCUGUAUGGUAACAGAAGGCCGGAUUAGGCAGAAGAAAUUGGAGAAUCAAUUAAAGCUUGAGGCAAAGCUUCAUGACCUGGAGGUAGAGUGGUGCAAUGGGUCUGAAACAAUGGAAGAAAUUCUUGGAAGGAUUCAUCAAAGAGAAGAAGCGGCAGUUAAGAGGGAGCGAGCGAUGGCGUAUGCUUUUUCUCAUCAGUGGAGGGCGAACUCUAAUCCAAACCUAGGGCCAAGUUCUUAUGAACUUGGCAAAGAUAAUUGGGGUUGGAGCUGGAUGGAACGCUGGAUCGCUGCUCGGCCAUGGGAAAGCCGAGCCCUUCUUCAGUCAAGCCCAAAGAAAACACCUAGUCGGCAGGCUAGCAAGGCUGGUAAAAACAUGAGUAAGCUUAUAUUCAAAGCACCAGUUUCAGUUAAAUCCAUUUCGCCUAACGGGAAGGGAACUUCAAAGGCCCGAAAGAAGUUGUAUGCAGCAGCUGAGAAAUCAACUCCACAAGAAGGGAACAAUGAAGCUGAAGAAGCAAACUCUAAAAAAGAACAGGUGAUGCCUUAGUACCAAACAAAAUUAUAUGAAUCUGAAGGGAAAUCCCUUUUUAGUCAUUUAUUUGGAAGACAAGUGAUGACAGAUAUUCUUUAGUUAUGUGGUUGUUUUGAGUGGUGUGGGAGUAGUAGAUAUGGUUUGCCAUGCAUUACAAAAUAAAAGGAGAGACUGAUUUGGGGCUUUCUGUAUGUUAUUGUUUUGUGUUUUCCACUUCUGGUUAUGUAUAUUUUGGAGAAAAUGUCUUGAUAUAUAAUGUAAAUACAAAACACAAUUUUUCCGGUUAAGUUAGCUA